AUGGAAUUCAGUGAAUUACUAUCAGAUUUGACACAAGACCAGGAGAACCAGGAUUUAUUUUCAAGCGCGGGAGAAAGAGCAGGAGAACAAUGGCGAGUCGUCGGCGGCAAGAGGGAUCCGAAGCGUAAACGUGCAGAUACAGGUAGUGUCGAACUGGACUCUUUCCAAACCAUGAGCACGGACAGUAAGUUAAAUGUUCUAUUUACAAAAAUCGACACAGUGGAAAAAGCUCAAAGCUCUGUGAUACAGGUAGAGACCAGCCUUGAGCAGGUGAAACACAAAAUUGAGGAGCAUGACGAUAAAAUAACAACUUUAACAUAUAAGCUCAUAGAUCUACAAGCAAGGGAGAAACGUUGUAAUGUGAUUAUUUAUGGGCUAGACGAUGAUCAGAGGAAAGAAAUUUACGAUCUAGUCAGUGAUUUUCUCUAUGACAUGAACUUAGACCCUGACGAGUUUUAUAUAGAACAUGCAGAAAGGUUGGGUUCCUCACAGCGCCCCGCAAAACCCAUACCCCGACGUUCUACGCCAUAUGUAACUAGUGAAACCGCGCCGACACGAGAUCCGUCGGCGUUUCAAGCGGUGAGUGGCGUUUUGGGUUCGACAUCCAGUGGUAAAGUUGUGUCAGGUGAGGACGUGCCCCUUAGCACGACGGGAUCUGCCGAGCCAGCGCUUACACAGCAACAGACCAGUAGCAGGCCUUUUCCGGAACAUGUGCCACUUACGCAGACGGCUGGUGACAUCAGUAAUCUGACAUAUUCGCAGACAUUAUCGCAGUCAUUGAUUUCAGGUACUCCGAUUAACAGUGCUAUUGUUGAUAAACAAAGUGCACGUGGUCGACCCCGAUCACGUGGCCAGUCAUCAACUAAUCGGAGCAGACCGAGAUCAGCCAGCGCUAAGCCAGCGAUUACCACGUCACGAAAGAAGACACAGCUGACCAAUCAGAGCGUGGUUUCAAAUAGUGAACCGCCUACUGGGCAGAUAAGUCUGGUGUCAAGACUGGUGUCUGUUGAUGAAGAAGUUCCUACCUCCUCUAGUUCUGAGGAAGAACAGCCUACUGCUGCUGAGGCUCAGGAUCAGGAUCAGGAUCAAGAACAAGAACAAGAAAGUUUACACAUUCCUGCUGCAGCACAAACAUCUACAGAUUUGACACAAGACCAGGAGAACCAGGAUUUAUUUUCAAGCGCGGGAGAAAGAGCAGGAGAACAAUGGCGAGUCGUCGGCGGCAAGAGGGAUCCGAAGCGUAAACGUGCAGAUACAGGUAGUGUCGAACUGGACUCUUUCCAAACCAUGAGCACGGACACAAAACCCAUACCCCGACGUUCUACGCCAUAUGUAACUAGUGAAACCGCGCCGACACGAGAUCCGUCGGCGUUUCAAGCGGUGAGUGGCGUUUUGGGUUCGACAUCCAGUGGUAAAGUUGUGUCAGGUGAGGACGUGCCCCUUAGCACGACGGGAUCUGCCGAGCCAGCGCUUACACAGCAACAGACCAGUAGCAGGCCUUUUCCGGAACAUGUGCCACUUACGCAGACGGCUGGUGACAUCAGUAAUCUGACAUAUUCGCAGACAUUAUCGCAGUCAUUGAUUUCAGGUACUCCGAUUAACAGUGCUAUUGUUGAUAAACAAAGUGCACGUGGUCGACCCCGAUCACGUGGCCAGUCAUCAACUAAUCGGAGCAGACCGAGAUCAGCCAGCGCUAAGCCAGCGAUUACCACGUCACGAAAGAAGACACAGCUGACCAAUCAGAGCGUGGUUUCAAAUAGUGAACCGCCUACUGGGCAGAUAAGUCUGGUGUCAAGACUGGUGUCUGUUGAUGAAGAAGUUCCUACCUCCUCUAGUUCUGAGGAAGAACAGCCUACUGCUGCUGAGGCUCAGGAUCAGGAUCAGGAUCAAGAACAAGAACAAGAAAGUUUACACAUUCCUGCUGCAGCACAAACAUCUACAGGUAAUAAAAGUACUCGCAAGAAGAAAGGGACAUCUAGGCAGGUGUACAGAAUUGAUGACCAUCUAUUUGAAGAGAACAUUUAA